GCCAACACUCACCAAAGCCAUCUCAUCUUAUGUGCUUUCCAAGCCAAUCAAAAAAAUUGAAGCAUGCAAUCACCCGAUUGGCAAACCAUACAGAAGCAAUAGCGCGGCGCAAGCUACACCAUAUACGUACAAACCAGAGGAGCGCAGCAGCGAUCCAAACUCGAGAGAGAUGGCCGCGGCAGCUCACCUCCGUGGUCACGUCGUCUUCAAUUCGGCGAGCAACGCCCGGCGUCACACGCAGGCCCCCGCCCCGUCGCUCUCGCGCGGUCGCCUCCCAACGGCUCGAAAGCCGCCCGUGGCUCGCUGCCAGCGCCACGGCGUAGGGGCCUUGGAACUAGACGACGGAGCGGCGAGGCGGCCGGCGCCGCGGUUCCUGUGCCUGCACGGGUUCCGCACCAGCGGGGAGAUCAUGCGGAGGCAGGUGGCGGACAGGUGGCCCGCCGGCGUCACGUCCCGCCUGGACCUCGCCUUUCCCGACGCGCCCUUCCCCGCCGAGGGCGACUCCCCGGUGCGCGGCGUCUUCGACCCGCCCUACUACGAGUGGUGCCGCUUCGCCGGCGAGGAUUUUUUGAAGUACAAGAACUUCGGCGAGUGCUUGGCCGGCAUCGAGGAGCUGAUGGUGAGACAAGGGCCGUUCGACGGACUGUUCGGCUUCUCUCAGGGCGCCCUCCUGUCGGCCGCGCUUGUUGGGCUCCAGCAACAAGGGCUGGCCUUGAACAGGGUUCCUAGGGUGAAGUACGUUAUGAUCAUAUCCGGUGCGAAGAUCCAGUCCCCGGCAUUGGCCGCCAAGGCGUACGCCAACAAGAUCAACUGCGCUUCGCUUCAUUUCAUUGGCGACGGUGACUUCGUGAAAGCCCACGGCGAGGAGCUGGCGGACUCGUUCGUGGAUCCGCUUGUCAUACGCCACCCGGCCGGGCACACGGUCCCCAGACUCGGUAAGCGCGCCUGGCCCGUAGAUUUGGAAGAGAGCAUUUGGGUUCAUGGCCGAACGGGACCGGAACGUUCAGAAAGAGCAAGGGGAGGUUAUUGACUGAGUUUUGCUGGUUUACAUUUUGUUUUCUGUGUGCUCGACAUUUGCAGACGAGAAGGGCCUCCAGGCGAUGCUCAGCUACCUUGACAAGAUCGAAAGGGAUCUGGCGAGAGAUUAAUCAAUUGUGCUGACCGCCACUCUGUUUCAUGAGUUUAUGGCAUAGCAGACUAGUAGUAGUAACAUCUACUCCCUCUGUUCCUAAAUAUUACUAAUCUUUUAGAGAUUUUUAUAUGAACUACAUAUGGAUGUAUAUAGGGGUAUUUUAGAUGUAAAUUCAUCCAUUUCGCUCCAAUGUAGUUCAUAUUAGAAUCGCUAAUAAGACCUAUAUUUAGGAGCGGAGGAAGUAACAUGGAUGACUGACAUUUGAAGACCACGAUAACCGUUUAACACAAGGCUGCAGAAAUGUAUUAGGUUGUUACCAUUUCCAUUCCUAUGAAUAAGAAGCGGUCGCAUUUUGAGAUUUAACUAAAUAGUGGAGAUCGUGAAAGCCAUUUCAUUUGGCAGGGGACAGUUCUGAAGAUCAAGAAGGUGUUGGGAUAGGCGUAUGCAAGGGGGCUAGGAGGAUCUGCUUGAGCUCUAUUCUUUUGCGUGCUCUGGGUGUGUGAGCUCAAAUAUGAACUUCCGGUUUUUGCUUAGGCCUAGCAGAGCUGUGUUUCAAGCUUCCUGCGUGUAGUUGUUGUCUGUCUGCCUCAUAUGUUCCCAGGCUUUCUUUUUCUUUUUGCCAUUUCCACUCUUUAGUUUCAUGUAAUAGAUGAAAAUCGAUGAGGAGGCUCAUUGUUUCAAAAGAAAUUUGGCGCAAGACAAUGUUCUUAUCUAUAAUUGUGUAACUCAAAACGUCGAUAUUUGUUUAACUCAAAA